GGUAGUUAAACAGCUUGACAUCACAUAAAGUUCAUGUAGACUUAAACCUUCUUACCAGUAACCAUCAGACCAUGAUAAACCUUGGUGUUUCCAUGAAUAGAUAGAUAUACAUGUAGUUUCAGUUUACUUUCCCAACUAUAGUGCGGCUGCAAAUAAUUAUAAACAAUCAUGGCAGUGCCUGGAAAGAGAGUAUCAAUAGAUGGCUCCAAAUCAAUAUCACUUGGAUCUGAAGAAGACCUGAAACUCUAUUGCCUACCAUGUGACAGAGUUGGUCCAAGAGUGGUAGCAUUUGGUUUCUGUCAGGACUGCAAGGAGCACCUGUGCUGCUCUUGCUAUGACCAUCAUCAGAGAGCCACUCCAUCUCGUAACCAUGUUCUUCUGGAUAAACACUCAAUGCCAAAAAUACAACAUCAUUUUUCAACUGCUGGUCCUGGAGUGUCUGCUACACAAGAGGAUCAUGCUGGUGAUGAUGACCUUACAAUACCAUGUACAAAACACAAGAAGAAAAUGAUCGAAUUUUACUGUCGGUACCAUAAGGUAACCAUAUGCAGUGUGUGUGUGACUCUACAACACAAUGGUGGGUCAUGCAAGGUGGAUUAUAUACCAGAUAUAUCUGGCCAAGCUGUUGACAGUCAUGAAUUGAAAGAAAUUGUUCAAAAUAUAGAUACACUAGAUCAAGACUGCAUGGAACUAAAAGAAACAUAUCAGGAACAAACAGAAAAUUCCAUAAGAUCUUUAACUGAAGCCCUUACUAAGAUAACAAAUUAUAGACAAGAAGUCAAUGAGAAAAUUGAUAAAUUACAAUCCAAGAUACAAAACAAAGUUAAAACUCUUAAACAAGAAAAAACCCAGUCACUGCUGAGUAUUGAAGCAAUAUGCGAUGAUGUCUCUCAAUCAUUAAACUUACUUUCAGACAAUAUCAAACAAAAGAAUAAGCCAAGUCAAGCAAACAAACUGUUUAUAGAACUUCAAGCUGCCAAUGAAGAGCUGAAACAACAUGAAACUUGUAUCAAACAGGUAUCAAAUGAUGAUGUAGAAACAUUUCAUUUCCAACCAAAUACAGAAAUAAUCACUUUUCUACAAACUCAAACCUUCUUUGGAAAACUUGAAGAGCAAAGAACACAAAGCACAGAGGAGCAAACAAAAGAGCAACCAAAAUAUCCCGCACCUAUGGUAGAAAACAAACCAGACUCAAUGUCUCCACAAGCUGUAGAACAUGGAGCACCAAACUUUAAACUGCAAAGAAAAGAGCAGCCAAAGCUAACUAUGCCCAUGGGAAAAGACAUACCUGAUUCAAAUUUUUCCCCAGAAGUAGAAAUGAAAGAAGAGUUUUCACUUGAAAGUACCAUUUGUGUACGUACUGCAGAAGAUAAUAGAGGAUCAUAUUGUCGUAUUUCAGGUCUAGCACUCCUUACCCCAGAUCAAUUAGUGAUUGCUGAUCAUUUCAAUAAUUGUAUGAAAUUAGUCUGUGUCAGAAGCGAAUCUGUCACUUCACAACUAGCUCUAAACUCGCCACCUCAUGAUGUUACCAUGGUAACAAACACUCAGGUCGCUGUAUGCCAACCAUCUGGUCAAACAAUCCAGUUUAUAUCGGUUAGAUUCGGCAAGCUAACGAAGGACAAUAGUAUUCAUGUUAAUGGGGCAUGUCAUGGAAUAUGUCACUUCAAAGAUAAACUUGUGGUAACUUUUGAUGCACCUCCAAAAUUUGAGAUCUUAGAUAUGAGUGGAACAGUUCUUACGCAAGUGACACACAAUGCCAAAGAUGAUCUAUUUUUCAAUAAACCACAUUAUGUAGUAGUUGAUGAAUGCUCUAUCUAUAUAUCUGACUGGCAGUACCAUACAGUAUUUAAAUUUAAUUGGCAAGGAAAAGAAAGGGGUCAAUUAAAGAACUUUGGACAAAACAAAGGUCUAGCUAUAACAUCCAGCGGAAUACUGUAUGUUUGCGACAGUACAAGACAUAAAAUAAACCGACUAUGGGGCGACCAUACAGUGGGUAAGAUACAAACAUCAAAGCUGAAUUGUCCAUCAGCUGUAGACUGGUGUGCUGACAGUAAAACAUUGUUUGUCAGCUCUGGAUCGUAUUCUGAAACAGGCAACAACAUCUUCAUCUUCCGGAAAAUGAAAAUGUGAAGGUCAUAGAAAGUAACUUGUGAAGACUGAUGUGCCAGUAACAUGGACAUCUUUCCUUAUAUGUCAAUUCAACGAUUCUACCACCUUUUAGCACUUGCUUUUGCAAGUAUACUGUAAACUUUUACCAUUAAAACAUUUUCAACAAAUUGGUCAGUAAGCCAAACUUAGGACUAUUUCAACCUACAUUUUGCCAGUAAGCCAAUUGUGUAUUCUGUUCCUGAUAAUGUGAUAAUAAUAUAGAAGUAUUUAUAUUUUGACAAACAAUAGUCAGCUCUAUAAAGUUGUUAUGUUCUGUUCUUAAUACAUUGUAUUUUUUAGCAAAUAAAGUGGAAACAGCCUA